AUGCUUCUCGCAGCUCCCGCCUUGCUCGUAUUUGGUACUUCGGCCCUCUUGCUACUCUUCAUCAUAAAACUUUUCCAACGUGCUUUCACGGGACCAUUGCGUGGUAUCCCCGGUCCGCGUCUGAAUCGUUGCACCAACCUCCCUCUGAAAUACUACGUCCUUCGAGGACAAAGAUGCCAUUACAUCCACCGUCUACACGCUCAAUACGGACCUACGGUUCGCAUAGGCCCGGAAGAAAUCGCCAUCGCGGAUCUUCCGUCCUCUCGUGAAAUCCACCGUAUCGGAUCCGGGUAUGUGAAAUCGGGUUGGUAUGCCAGAUUCACCGAAGAAAAAACCCCCGGCAUCUUUGCUAUGAGUAAUCUGAAGGAUCAUGCUAUGCGGCGGAGCCUUUUCUCGUAUGCCUUCUCUCAGAAUGGCCUUCUUCACUGGGAAGACUUGCUUCAAGCUCGAUCGAAUUUGGCGGUGUCUAGGAUAAAGCAGGACGCGGAGAGCGGAUCAGCGGACGUUCUAAAAUGGUGGACUUUGAUGGCCUCUGAUAUUAUUGCGGAGAUGGGAUUUGGAGAGAGCUUUGGGGCUCUCGAGUAUGGACAGCCAACGCAACUAAGCAGGGAUCUUGCGGCCAUCACCUUCUUUGGGGCGAUUCAGUCAGAACUGGCCCCCUUGAGCAAAAUUGCCUUUUUUAUCCCCCUUCCGUCCAUCCAAGAGUUUCGGAAUUGUCGAGUCAGAAUAAGCAGCCACGGAAGGAGUGCAAUUGCAAGAAAUAGGGCACUUUCUGAAAAAGGAGAGACUGGCCGAACAAUCUUCAACAAAAUCGUGGCGGAGGCUGAAAAUAAAAGUGCACUUACCGACGAAGUCUUGGCAGGUGAAGCUCGCGGUCUCAUCGUUGCAGGCAGUGAUACGACAGCCAGAACACUAACUUAUCUCAUAUGGGCUACCUUGAAACAUCCAUCUGUCAAGCAGCGUCUUCAAGAUGAAGUAGACCGACUACCGACGGGAUUUUCGAGCAAAGACGCGACCGGGCUACCAUACUUGAUGGUGACCAUCAAAGAGACGUUGCGACUCUAUGGUGCUGCUCCAGGAAGUCUUCCAAGGUCGGUGCCAUUUGGCGGUAGGACACUAGGAGGAUAUCUAUUGCCUCAAGGAACGACGGUUUCUACCCAAGCGUGGACUCUGCAUCGAGACGCAGCUAUCUUUGAGAGGCCAUUGGAUUUCAUUCCUGAGAGAUGGUUUGAACCGACGCAAAAUAUGAAGGAUGCAUUCAUGCCGUUCGGUGGAGGAUCGAGAAUUUGCAUGGGAAUUCACCUUGCUUAUAUGGAGAUGGCCUUGUCUGUCGCCAAGUUUUUCAGGGCUUGUCCAACAGCCACUAUAAGAACGAAGGAUGAGGAUAUGGAAGUUGAGAAUCAUUUUUUGAUUGCCCCAAAGGGCCACAAAUGUGAAAUCGGGAUGUGA